AUGCCUCCACAUCCGGACGAUCCCAUGACUACGACAAACUAUAACUCCUUUCGACCAAGGAAUCUUGAGGAUCUCCUACUUGAUACUGCGCGUAAUCGUUCAGAUGAAGAGGCUGUCCCACGGUAUGUUCCGAAUCCUCAGGCUCGAUCAUCGACUUCGAACAACCUCAAUGCUUCUCCCACGACACCCAACUUUGAAAUAUCUUCAAGGCAUGGUUCAAGAUACAGGGAUGAGGACGUUGAGUUCUCGGGUGGUUGGAGUGAUUUAAUGGAACGCCAUCCAAUGAAUCGCGCCAUAGCAGCGUCUAAUUCGCCAUUGCCACGCAUGACAACGAAGCCUUGUGGUGAAGAAGUUCUGGAAAAUGAUGACUUUCAAAAGACCUGGAACUCUCUCGCAGCGUUAUUCGGGUGCAUCAGUCUAGAGGAGCCUUCUCCCAGACGUCAGCCACCCUUGCUAAGCAGUCCUGUUGGGGUGAGGGAACGACCACGCGGCAAUUCUACAAGAUCGGGCCAGCCAAGAGCAGAUCCUUCAACCCUAGGGACUGGUGCGAACCAAGGACGGGGGAGCAACAGCAAUGGCGACCGCCUGCCUCCUACGGACGAAGAAAACGAUGCCGAAGACCAGGAUGCCGGAGACGAGGAUAAUGAUCAGCAGUCAACUCACCACAGUAAACUGUCGCCCCGCAGAGCUUUCGCUUGUCCCUUCCACAAGUUCAACCCCGUGCAAUACGCCGCUUGCCAUGAGGAGAAUUUUCAGCGUAUCGACUCUCUUUGGAGGGUGAGUCUCAUGGACGCCAAGUAG